AUGGACAGCAGAGCCGCGGCCGGCGCGGUGUCCGUUGAGAUCCGCGACGCGUCCCGGGACGGAAGUGGCCGCGCGGCGGCGAGGGGCGUCCAGAGCACGCUCUCCAAGACGUCCAUGCUCGCCAACUUCCUCCCCACCGGCACGCUGCUCGCUUUCGAGAUGCUCCUCCCAGCGGCGUCCGGGGACGGCUCCUGCUCCGCCGUCAGCGCCGCCAUGCUCAUGGCCCUCCUCGCGCUCUGCGCCGCGUCGUGCUUCCUCUUCCACUUCACCGACAGCUUUCGCGCGCCCGAUGGGAAGGUGUACUACGGCUUCGUCACGCCAAGGGGCCUCUGGCUGUUCAGGACCGGGCCCGGCGUUGAGGUGCCCAGGGAGCAGGGGCGAAGCCAAGAGGACAGGUACCAGCUUAGCUUCGUCGACAUCGUGCACACCAUCAUGUCAGUGCUCGCCUUCGCCGCCAUCACACCCUCUGACUACCGGGUCUCCGGCUGCCUCCUCCCCGGCCACCGCAAGGAGAUGGACGAGGUGAUGGAGAGCUUCCCGCUCAUGGUGGGCGUUGCGUGCAGCGGCUUCUUGUUGGAGUUCCCCAACGCGCGCCACAGCAUCGGGUGCAUGGCUGCAUGA